CUAAAACGAUGGAGGUGAAACGUAAAAUCAGGAGCUGUGUUGAUUUGUAUUUUAUUUGCUUCAUUGAAAUCCGUAGAUGCAGUGACUCACUAUUCAAUAGACGAGGGAAUGGAGGAAAGUAGUGGUCACUAAUUUGGCUUCUGAUCUGGGCCUCAACCUUAUUCUGUGUUUCAGAUAAUCAUUUCUAAUGCAUGCAAAAAAAGUUACCAGGAUUUGCUUGGCCAUGUGUUGGAUUUGCAAUUCAGCCGAAGUGUGGUGCUGUUCUCUCGUUUAAACACUCGGGUGUCAGAAGUCGUUUAUGUGCAGUCAGCCUAGAUGUCUGGGAGAAGGAGGGUGUAUUCUGCGAAAUAUUGGCCUGCACGCGUUUUUGAUUCGUCCUCAUACAACAAUAUAGAAAUAUAACAAAAGAAACGUUGGAUCUGGGACCUUGGAAAUUAAAAAGUAUAUAUUGUAUCGGGAAAAAUGGAUUAUCACACAAUGGAUUCAGAUACAGUACGGCUAGGAAAAUGGUACGUCAGGAACUCCAUUGUUUUCAUCGCUCUUUUACACUUGUCAUCUGGCGUAUCGCAUUAUUCAAUUCCUGAAGAAAUGAAGGAAGGAUCCGUUGUUGCCAAUCUGGCCGAAGAUCUGGAUUUGGAUGUAGAAACGCUCAGUGAAAGAAAGAUGCGCCUGGAUAUUGUGGCGAACAAAAAAUAUUUGGAUGUGAACAAAGAGACUGGCGAGCUGUAUAUUGUGGAGAAAAUCGACAGGGAACAUAUUUGCACCACAAAAUCGACUAGUUCUUGUUAUUUGAAGCUAGAGGUCAUACUUGAAAAUCCCUUACGAAUUUUUAAUAUUGAAUUGGAAAUUUUAGAUAUGAAUGACAAUGCACCUCAAUUCCGACGAGACGCAAUACAUUUGGACAUAGCCGAGUCGACGUCAGCAGGGGAACGAUUUUCGCUGAGCAAUGCAGUCGAUCCCGAUAUUGGAACGAACUCAGUCAAAACGUACCAUUUAAGUGAAAGCGAACAUUUUAAUAUCGAAGUACAAACUGGGAGAGAUGGAUCAAAGUUUGCUGACUUAAUCUUGAAAAAGGCUUUGGACCGAGAGAAGCAGGCCGUUCAUCAUUUAGUUCUCAGCGCGGUGGACGGCGGUACACCGACCCGCUCCGGUACUGCCAGCGUGAUUGUUCAUGUCCUGGACAUUAACGACAACACUCCUACUUUCUACAAGGAGGAAUAUAACAUUAAGGUUAUGGAAAACUCUCCGAUUGGAAGCCUCGUCCUUCAACUGAAUGCUACAGACUCAGACGAGGGUUCAAACGCUGACAUAACGUACUCGUAUACUCUCUACACCUCAGAGAAAACCCAAGAAAUGUUUAAUAUAAAUCCUUCCAACGGAGAGCUUACUGUAAAAGGCAUGUUAAACUAUGAGGAUUUCAGGAUUUAUGAUAUGGAAAUCAUAGCCAUUGAUAAAGGGGCAAACGCUUUAUCAGGACAAUGCAAAAUAAGAAUUUUAGUCGAAGACAUGAACGACAAUCACCCAGAGAUAUCUAUAAAAUCAUUUCAGAGUCCCAUCAAGGAGAAUGCUGAAUUAGGCACUGUAAUAGCAGUUGUUAGUAUAAGUGAUAAGGAUUCUGGUGAUAAUGGUCAAAUUGAUAUUACAAUUCCAGCUAAUUUACCAUUUAAACUCAAGGAAUCGGCUGGGAAUUUUUUUGAGUUAGUUGUCUCUGAAUUGCUGGACAGAGAAAAAGCUCCUGAAUACGAAAUAACAUUUACAGUUACAGACAGAGGUUCUCCUUCAUUAUCUGAUAAUGAAACCAUGACCUUAGAGCUACUGGAUGUUAAUGAUAAUGUCCCCCAGUUCCCUCAGUCUUUCUAUACUAUACGUGUGAUGGAGAAUAAUGCUCCUGGAGCUUUGCUAGAAUCUCUCACUGCGUACGACCCAGACCUCCAUGAAAACCAGUAUCUAGUGUAUUUCAUCAUAGAGAGGGAGAUAGCCAACACCUCCAUGUCCAUGCUGUUCUCCAUUAGCCCAGAGAAUGGUAAACUCUAUGCUCUGAAGACGUUUGACCAUGAGAUUGAGAAGGAGUUUCUUUUCCACAUUGAGGCCAGAGAUUCUGGUGUUCCUCCACUCAGCAGUAAUGUGACUGUCCACAUCAUUAUUGUGGACCAGAAUGACAACACUCCAGUCAUAGUGUCCCCAUGGCGCGCUCACGGCUCAGUGGUGGAGGAGAAGAUCCCCAGAUCCACCGACAAAGGCUCUCUGGUUUCCAAGGUGAUUGCUAUCGACGGUGACUCUGUGUUGAACUCGAGGAUUACCUACCAGUUUCUACAGGUGACGGACGCCACCUUGUUCAGUCUGGACCAGUACAACGGAGAGAUCCGGACCAUGAGAAUGUUCAGUUACAGAGACCCCCGUCUCCAACGGCUUGUUGUGGUUGCCAAGGACAACGGAGAGCCCGCUCUCUCUGCUACCGUUACCAUCAAGCUGUCCACAGUGGAGACCGCGGUCAAGGCCUACUCAGACAUGACCGAAGUGCCCCUGGAGUACGACAUCUUUUCAGACUUAAAUCUUUAUCUGGUCAUCGGCCUGGGCUCGGUGUCCUUCCUCUUGUUGAUCACCAUAUUGGUCACCAUCGUUCUCAAGUGUCAGAAACCCAAGUCCAGCAAAGCUGCUCCUCCCUGCAGGAACAGUGUGGUCAGUGAGAGGAACUCUUUUGCAGAUUCCACUCUGGUGUCCAACGAUGCCUACUGGUACAGCAUGUUUCUAGCGGAGACCAGGAAAGGGAAGCUGGUGGUUAGACAGCCAGCGCCAAAGGGCUCCAGGUACAUAGUGUCCAGUUUACCACGGAGCACUGGCCUCACAGAGACGAGCGGCUCAGCACCCUCCACGCUGCAGGUGAGGACCGCGGCAAACAAUUCAUGUCUUGAUUUGGUUUAUUUUAAUACAUACUUUAACCCCUUAAAACAUUAA